GCCAAUCGACCCGAGCUCAAGACUAUCUCGUCGUCGCCGCCCUCGCCGCCGCCGAGAUACCGCCCACCACGCCGCAAUCAUGAAGCUGAACAUCGCCAACCCCGCAACCGGGGAACAAAAGACCAUUGACUACGAUGACGAGAAGAAAUACCGUGUCUUCUACGAGAAGCGCAUCGCGCAGGAGGUUCCUGGCGACUCUCUCGGCGAUGAGUGGAAGGGCUACGUCUUCCGUAUCACUGGCGGCAACGACAAGCAGGGUUUCCCCAUGAAGCAGGGUGUCCUUCUCCCCCACCGUGUCCGUCUCCUCCUUGCCGACGGUCACUCUUGCUACCGCGCCCGCCGCACCGGUGAGCGCAAGCGCAAGUCGGUCCGUGGCUGCAUCGUCGGCCCCGACAUCGCCGUCCUCUCCCUUGUUAUCGUCAAGCAGGGCGAGAGCGACAUCCCCGGCCUGACUGACAACGUCCUCCCCAAGCGUCUUGGCCCCAAGCGUGCGACUAAGAUCCGCAAGUUCUUCAAUUUGUCCAAGGAGGACGACGUCCGCAAGUACGUUGUGCGGAGAGAAGUCACGAGCCAGAAGAAGGAGAACGCGAAGCCCUACACCAAGGCUCCCAAAAUCCAGCGUCUGGUCACCCCCCUCCGUCUCCAGCGCCGCCGUCACUUGCGCUCCCUCAAGCGCCGCCGGAUCGACCGCCAGAAGGAGCAGAAGGCGGAGUACGAUGUGCUCAUCACCAAGCGCAUCUCCGAGAAGAAGGAGAAGGCUGCCGCUGUCAAGGCGUCACACAAGAAGGCCGUCACCACUGCCUAAAAACUUCUCCUGGGUACACUCCCCCGUCCUAUGCGGUCGCUCGUUGUAUGGUUCCACCUAUAGUCAUGUCUCUUGCUCUCCAUCAUCUCCCUGCAAUCUCAUGCGACUUAUGGCGAACCGCUGUACUCUUCCCUGCGGGAUACCUCGGGAUGUUGUAUAUCAGCUCAUUGCUCCGGUGCAUAGUACGGCGUGGCGCGGCGGCGAGGACGUUGUGCGUAUUGCGUUUGUUAUACGCGUGCUCGGGCUGGUCCUGUAUCGAUGCUUGUACUGAAGGAUGACUAUUGCAAGAGGUACGCCUCUCUGCCG